AUAUUUCAUUUUUGCUUCCCCAGGUUGUGAUCCCCACCCAGUUUUCAGGGCAGUGGGAGGACACUUCCAGGGCAGUGGCUCCCUGAGCACCCCCUAACAGUUCUCGAUGUGAGUCCCAAGCAGGAUGCACCAUGUCUCCCCUGCACCAGCUCUGACCAUGAUGGCCACCCAGACCGUGCCUCCUCCUCCUCCCUACCAGGACACCCCGCAGAUGACAGCCACAGCCCAGCAAAGCCUAGAACAGCUGGAAAGCAAACCAUUCUCCCCUCAGCCAUGUUUCUUCCUCCUCCUACUCUCUGCCAGCCCCAAACCUUUCCUGGGGGCCCAGAGCAGCAUUGCCCCCAUUGUCAAUACUGGGGAGCGCGGGGUGAUGCUGCACCCUCUGUUCCCGCUGCUGACGCUGCUCUUUGAGAAGUGUGAGCAGGCCACGCAGGGCUCAGAGUGCAUCACCUCGGCCAGCUUCGAUGUCGACAUCGAGAACUUUGUCCACCAGCAGGAGCAGGAACACAAGCCCUUCUUCAGCGACGACCCCGAGCUGGACAACCUGAUGGUGAAGGCCAUCCAGGUGCUGCGCAUCCACCUCCUGGAGCUGGAGAAGGUCAAUGAGUUGUGCAAGGACUUCUGCAACCGCUACAUCACCUGCCUCAAAACCAAGAUGCACAGUGACAACCUACUCAGGAACGACCUGGGGGGGCCCUACUCCCCCAGCCCCUCCUCCAUCAGCCUCCACCCCCAGGAGAUGCUGCAGAGCUCUCCAGCAGCGCUGCCGCCGGCCUCCAACCCCCCUGCGGGCAUCGUGGUGCCCGCGGCCACUCUGCCCCCUGGCAACCUGGCCAUGGGCACCGGCAGCAGCUCGCCCGCCGUGCCAGGUGGAGCCUUGUACCAGCCCGUGACCAUGGUGACGUCGCAGGGCCAGGUGCUCGCCCAGGCCAUCACCCCUGGCGCCCUGCAGAUCCCCAAUGCCCAGGUGAACCUGGAUCUCACCUCCCUCCUUGAUGGUGAGGACAAGAAGUCCAAGAACAAGCGGGGGGUCCUGCCCAAGCACGCCACCAACAUCAUGCGCUCAUGGCUCUUCCAGCAUCUCAUGCACCCCUACCCCACAGAGGAUGAGAAGAGGCAAAUUGCUGCCCAAACCAACCUGACCCUCUUGCAAGUCAACAACUGGUUCAUCAACGCCCGGCGGCGCAUCCUGCAGCCCAUGCUGGACGCCAGCAACCCGGACCCAGCCCCCAAAGCCAAGAAAAUCAAAUCCCAGCACCGGCCCACGCAGCGGUUCUGGCCCAACUCCAUCGCCGCCGGCGUCCUGCAGCAGCAGGGGGGCAACGCAGGGACAAACCCUGAUGGCUCGCUCAGCAUGGACAACCUGCAGCCCCUGUCAUCAGCCACUGCCACCAUGGCCAUGCAGCAGGCGAUGCUGGCAGCCCACGAUGACUCCCUGGAUGGCACUGAGGAAGAGGAGGAGGAUGAGGAGGACGAGGACGAGAUGGAGGAGGAGGAGGAAGAGGAGGAAGAGCUGGAGGAAGAGCCUGGUGGCCUCCCAGCAGCACCUGGUGCUGACCUUGGUUUGGACCACAGUGACUCACUGGAAUAGCUCCUCCUGCACCCUCCCAAAUCAUUGACAGCACCAGAUACAAAAUUCCCCCGAAAUGCAAAAAAAAAAAAAAUAAAGGCAAGAAGAAGAAAUGAGUGAGAAAAAAGCAAACUGGCAGCGCUGGCAGAGGCCCUGGCUGCCCCAGAGCGCAGGGACCACCAUGGCAGCGCCCAGAAGUGGACACACGUUUACAAGGCACAUAUUGUGGCCAGAUUAAUCUCUUAUUUCAGGUUUUGUUUUUCUUUUUCCCUUCAUUUUUGGGUAAGCAAAAGCAUUUUUAGGGGAAGUUGUUUUCCCCACGUGACGCUCGGAUGCUGGUGGGCAGUGCUGGGUGGGCCACUGCGCCCAUCCCUUGGAUUUCCUGGUGCAAAGAAAAGCCAAACCAACCCCAGGACUUGAUGCUUUUUGGAUUUUUCCCCCAGAAAGGUCAUUCACAGGCAUAAACACUGGCAUGGAGGGGGAAGAAAAAUAAUCAGCGAGUGCAAAUUCUGCUAUAUCCAAGGAGGGUUUGGUGCUCGACUCAUGGGAUUGCCCAAACCUCCCAACUUUGGCCCCGAUGCUGAGGCUGCUUGGUGACUCUGGAUACAGCUUUCUGGAAAAGGGAGGAAAUUCCUCCAAAUCCUUUAAUUUAUGUGCUAAAACCUCUGCUGAAUCUGGAAAAAAUCCAACUAACCCCAUUCUCGUCUUUAAGGGCUGAGAUUGGAGGCAGAGUUGGGGCAAAGGCUGCCGGAAGUAAAACUUUUCCAAAGGCAUUUUGGCACAGAGUUAGUUAAAAGUGGGGGGAAAAUCGGUUUAAAAGAACUCAAGAUUUCACCCAAAAUUGAAUGGUGAUGUGCAAGACUCACCUGGGUGGAAGGAAACAAAGUAUUGUUGCUUAAAAGAUGAUUUCUCCCUGGUAUUGUCCCUCCACAUGGCAAAAUGGAGGAGCUUUAGCCCCAUGGGGGAGGGCAACUGCCAAAAACCCUGUAUUUUGGGUUUUUUAAUUUUAAAUGCUCGCAAAAGGGUGGAUUCGCCUUAAAAUGUGGCAUGGGAGGAAAUGCAAAAGCAAACCAGGGCAAAAAUAAAAGGAAUUGUCUUCUGCAGGUUCCUGCUCUAAAUGUGAGAUUCUAGGAGAAGGAUCAUUUUCUUGGAGGCUUUUUGCCCAUAUUGUCCUUUUUUUUUCCUGGCUCUUGAAGAGUUGACAAAAGAACCUGAACAAGAGCUGGGAUUAAAAGAACAAGUGAUGCAAUGGGCAGAAAUGCCUAUUUUUGGAUACUGAUCUGGCGUGAAUGUAAUCUGUAAUUUCAUAAAGGAUUCAUUGUAAUUUAGUAUUAAUUCCUGGCCAUUUAUUAUAAAGUGCUACAAGAUGA